AUGUUUGUUGCCAAAUGGUCUCCCGGAGUCCAAGCUGAAAAGCCUGAGCUGUCGACGGUCCCGGUUUGGCUUGAUUUCACCGGUGUUCCACUUCUAUUCUUCAAUCAAGAUGCCUUGAAGGAGAUAGCUGGCUUGGUGGGUCACCCUAUCUGUUUACACCCAUCAACUGAAAAUCUUACAAAUAUUGAGGUUGCCAAAGUGUACACAGUGAUCGAUCCAAGAAAGCCCCUCCCUGAAGCUGUGAACGCCCAAUUCGAGAACGAAGAAGUCGUUCGAAUUACUGUCUCAAGUCCAUGGCUUCCUUCUCUUUGUAGUCAAUGCCUCAAGGUUGGUCAUACGAUUUCUAAGUGCCCCAAUGUGCCAAGAUGCACAGUCUGCAACUCUAUCAAGCAUAGCUCGAAGGUUUGCACCAGAACCCGUAUGGGUCUGCAAAAAGACAAGGCUCCCAUUGCCAGUCAAGUGCCUAUAGUGGACAUUCCUGAACCUUCACGGACUGGGCCUCCUAAAGAUACCGGAACAGCAGUGAAGAAGCAUCAAGGUGAAGCCAAAAGCAAUGCUGACCGAACUCUGCGUAUCCAAUCUAAAAACGGCCAAGCAGUGUCUGCGGCCCAGAAAGAAUUACUGGUUGUUGACUUUGCGGGUUUCAACUCUCCAAGGAACUCUGCUCAGGGAACUGACACAGAAUUUGAUUCAGGAUCAGAUAGCAUCUCUGCUGAUGAAGAUAACCCACCGGAGUUGACUGAUCGGUUCACUGAAGUUAUGAAUCGGAAGAUGAAGAAGCAAUAUUUUGGUAAAGCUAGGGCCAGAGGCCCUUUAAACCUCUGA